UUUGAAGCCCCACCCACUAUCUCCUUUACAUUAUAAACACAGAAGCUCAAAGUUCAUUCAGAUAAAACACAAAGGGUUUUCGAUUUUUGUCUCGAUCUAUUUUUCUCUUCUUGUGAAUGUGGGGAAAAUGGCUGAGGCCAGCAAUUCAGUAGAUCAGCUUUCAGUGGACCAGGAGGAUCAGAAGGGAGUCUACAGCUGUUCUCAGUGCAGAGACACUUUUACUCCAGGCCUGGUUUAUGCACAAACAACAUGCUGGCUGAAGUGGUGGAGAAAGUGAAGAAAACAGAAGUCCAAGAUGCUUCUCAUGCUCUUUGUUAUGCCAGACCUGGAGAUGUGGAGUGUGAUUUCUGCACCGGGAGAAAACACAAAGCCACAAGGUCCUGUCUGGUGUGUGUGGCUUCUCUUUGUGAAACUCAUCUGAAACCUCAUCUAGAAAUUCCUGCUUUGAAAAAGCACACAUUAACUGAAAAGUCCGUAAAGCUACAAGAGAAGAUCUGCUCUGAACAUAACAAGCUGAUUGAGAUCUACUGCAGAACUGAUCAAACCUGCAUCUGUUAUAUGUGUAUGAUGGAUAAACAUAAAGGACAUGACACUGUCACAGCCUCAGAAGAACAAGCUGAGAAACAGAGUGUGUUAAAGGAGGAGCAGAUGAAAUCCCAGCAGAGAAUCCAGGAGAAGCAGAAGAUGGUGCAGGAGCUGAAACAGGCUGUGAACUCUAUAAAGCUCAGAGCACAGACAGCAAUGGAGGACAGUGAAAAGAUCUUUACUGAGAUGAUCAGCUCCAUGGAGAAAAAGCGCUCGGAGGUGAUGGAGAUGAUCAGAGCUCAGGAGGAGGCUGAACUGAGUCAACCUGAACGACUUAUUGAGCAACUGGAGCAGGAGAUCACUGAUCUUCAGAGGAGAGUCACUGAGAUGGAGCAGCUUUCACACACACACGAUCACAUUCAUUUCCUCCAGGUUUUAGAUUCUGAAUUCCAGUCUACUUCAUUAGAAAGACCAGAUUGUGACACAUCCAGCAUCACUGUCUCUCAACACUUCUCAUUUGAUGGAGUGAGGAAUUCUCUCUCAGAGCUGAAAAAGAGACUCGACAAAUUCUUUGAGUUAGAAUUCAACAAAAACCCUCCACAAGCUGCAGCAGAUCAGAUCAUUUCACCACCAGAACCACAGAGCAGAGAGGAUUUUCUGAAAUACUUCUGUUAUCUGACUCUGGAUCCCAACACAGCACAUCAGAACCUCGUUCUGUCUGAGAAGAAUAGAGCGGUGAUGCGUAGUGAGGAAGAGCAGGGACACUCUGAUCAUCCAGAAAGAUUUGACUACUGGUUUCAGGUGUUGUGUAAGGAGAGUGUGUGUGGACGCUGUUACUGGGAGGUGGAAUGGAGCAGUGAUGGUUUGGGUGGUAUGUCCAUAUCAGUCUCAUAUAAAAACAUCAGCAGGAAAGGACGAGAUAUUGAGCGUAGGUUUGGACGCAACAAUCAGUCCUGGAGUCUGUGGUGUUCUUCUUCUCUCUGUUUCUAUCACAACAACAUUGAGACUGAUCUCGGAGAUCCAGCACCGUCCAGAAUAGGAGUGUAUGUGGAUCACAGUGCAGGAACUCUGUCCUUCUACGGUGUCUCUGACACCAUGAAGCUCCUCCACAGAGUCCAAACCACAUUCACUCAGCCUCUAUAUGCUGCGUUCGGGUUCUCCUUGCUUUAUGGUUCUACUGUGAGGUUGUGUGUUCCAGAAUAAAGUGUGUAGUGUUUUAUAUAAAACUGUUGCUCAAACAUCUGUCCAUUAUAUAAUCCAUUAUAUAAUUAAAAAAUAUAAUAAUUUUAUUAUAAUUAAAAGCAAAAUGUUAGAAAUUAACAGUCAGACAAGAAACAGAUGAAAUGUAAAAAGAAAAUGAUAAAAUGAAAUCUCAUGACUUCAGCAUUGUAAAGUUCCAUCUGUUUGUUUUAUAUUAAUCACACAGUCAUUAAAUAACUAAAAAACUAUAAUAAAUCCAAAACACAACAUUUUAUUCUUGUUAAAGUCACACUAUAUAUAAAUAAUUGAAAACUUUGAAAUAAAUGGGAUUUUCGUAUUACAAAAUAAAAUAAAGUUUCUGAAA